AUGUAUCGCGCAGCCUUAAUUCGUACCGCCGUCUCGGCGUCUCGCGCCGCUACCACCGCUGCUCGACCUGCUAUCCGAAGAGCCGCUGUGCCCGCUAGAGCUGUAUUCGCACCCGCACCGAAAAUCGCCGCUUUCCAGACCGUACGAAUGUACUCCGCCGGUGGUGGAUUAAAGAAGGAGGAAGUAGAGGGCCGUAUUAUUGGCAUCCUACAAGGUUUCGACAAGGUCAACGACCCGACUAACAUCAAGCCUACUUCUCACUUCUCGAACGACCUUGGUUUGGACAGCUUAGAUACAGUGGAAGUUGUUAUGGCGAUAGAAGAGGAAUUUAGCAUUGAGAUCCCCGACAAGGACGCAGACGCUAUCCACAGUGUUAACCAGGCUGUUGAGUACAUCUUGAGCCAACCGGAUGCGAACUAA